AGAGUUAAUAAGGAUGCCUUCACGGAAACGCGGCAAGAUUAGCCGCAGUCAGAGGCGAUCAUUUCUGCGGCAGAGCGUCUGCAAUGUCACCCUUCUUCGGGCGCAGGGGUUCCUCGAAACCACAGCCCCCCCUCUCGGCCCCGAGAACGCCACAUCACGAUGCACCACCCGCGGGCUCAGCCGCAGUCCCUGGUCCCGGUCGCCAACCAUUAUUUGCCCGGUUGCCAAGGCCAGUUAUAAACGUGCCAUCCCCGCUCUCGAGCGGAGGCUUGAAUCUUGCGUGCGCAACAACGACCAAGUACUAGUAUGGCCCAAAGCAAUAAUACCCAAGCAGCGGUCCCCGCAGUCGACCAGGAAGAUGGCCCCAUCGCGACGGCGGCCCUGGUGCUGGCCGCCGCGGCGCUUGUGGUCUCUCUCGCUCAGGCCCUGCUGCAGUAUCUCAGCUCGAGCGAGGGCCGUGGGAAGUGCACCUACGAAGCGAUAGACGCGUCGGCCAAGAGCACCAAGUUGGGUUGGAACUGGACCUUCUGGAAGCUGCGCGUCUACUACCCGGUGCUCAACAUCUCCUUCUCGUCCGUCAUGCGGGCGGCAGUCGAGCAGUCCAACUACCACAUCGACGCGCACAAGUCGCCGAUCAGUCGCCUGACCAAGGAAAAGAAGGACGACAGGGCGCUAUGGGGCUUCACGGUCCUCGAGGAGACCGAGACCGACACCUCGUUCUUUACCGUCUCGGACGGAUAUACCACACUCGUCGACGAUACAGAGCCCGUGACGAGCAAGGACCUCACGUGGACCGAGACGGCCCAGCUCGUCUGGUGGAAGCUCACGCACAGCUCCGGUCCGGUGAACCGACCGCGGGCCUCGUGGGCGCAGAUGCUCAUGGCAUUCGGCAUCCGAGACACGCGGUCGCUGGUGUACAAGCACGCCGACGCCGACAUCAUCCCGGCCUCCGUGGACGCGCCCAUCCAGCGCGUCAAGCUGUUCGACCUCGGCAUGUUGGCGCUCUACCUCGGCUUCAAGAAGGUCACGGUCAACGCGAAGGAGCGCCACUUCGAGGCCGUGGGCGACUUCGGCACCAUCACGACGCUCAAGACCAACGAGCUCGGCAAGGUGCUGCACUUUGAGGGCGACAUCCUGGCCAUCUUCGCCCAGAUCUCGAAGGGCUCCAUCAGCGCCUACAACGACUUCGUGCUCGGCAAGUUCUCCUUUGCGCCGGGCAUCUCCAUGAACGGCAUCAUCUGCCCCCUCCACCUCUUGCUGGAUGUCACGAGCCACGACUGGGACGGGGAGCGGUUCAGGGAGAAACAGCGGCAGUACCUGUCCAUGGCCCAAGCCGAGGAGGGGUUGGCGAAGGGCCAGGUCGCUGCGGAGGCGUCUCUCUUCGAGAUGCUCUACCGAAACCCGAACCUGCCAUCGUUGCAGGACGGAGACGAAUCGGAGUCCGAGCCGGGCAACCGUGUCUCACAGCAUGUGCUAUUUGCCGAUGCCAGUCUAGAGCAGUCCGAAGACUCGUUCCGACCGAAGAUGCUACAAAAGACCACGACUGGGCUGAGCGCGCGACACCUCAGCGCUCUGGUCCGGGACGAUGAUGAGGGCAUCAAUUACCAUGACUUGACCCUGGCCAUCGACCACUGGAACAAGGCGACGGGCCUGCAGCUGCCGACCAUCAUCCCAGCGGCGUCGCUCUGCCUGCUGACGGGCUGCGAGACGGGCUUCCCGUCGUCGGUGCUGAUCGAGCCGAUCAUGCCGUGGCUGGUGGCGCUGGCCGACCAGGUGCGGCGGGCCAGCGAGCCGCUCACGUACGUGUCGGCCCGGACGACCACCAACUUCAAGACCAACUCGCUCAUGUUCGUGCGCUCGCGCGACGCCUUCUGGUACUCGUUCAACUACGUCGGCAUGGAGAGCCGCCUGUGGCAGUGGGGCUGGCUGCUGCACGACACGCGCGAGAUCUACGACUGUCUGAGCGUCGAGGAGCAGAACGACCUCGUUCUCCGCGACGGGGAAGGUAAAUACACGGGCGACGUGCAGCCCGUCAUCCUGACCGAGUGCUACGCCCUGCUGCAGCAGUUCAACCCGCGCGAGUGGGCGGCCAAGAUCGAGAGGGUCGUGACCAUGCAGAUCCUCAAGUUCCGGCCGCAUAACAUGCUCUGGACGCAGGUUCUGCUGCUGGAUGUCGCCAUCCAUUUUCUGGUUAGGGGCGGUUUCCACGAGGGGUCCACGGUACAUUACAACCUGUGGGAGCCCUCCGUCGUGGCCGUUUUCAACGCCGUCGUGAAUGUCUGGGACCCGACGGCCGAGGAGCGAGCGGCGGCGAACUGGGACAGUGGCUCGGACGACGACGCGAGUUCGACGCGCAGCUCCAGGCGCUCCGUGGUGCCGCCCCCGCCCAGGGCGUCCAAACCGAAUCAGGACCAUGUCGAGACCCUGAAGGAGCAUGCGACGCCGCUGGUGGAGGCGUUUGGGAUACCGGAGCCGGGGGCAGGUGAUGGCAUCGCACCUACUACUACGAAUAGUACUAGCAGUCCGUUUGAGGACUCGGGGGCACCACCGCCGGAUGCGCAGGCAGGCACAGGCACAGGCACAGACACAAACGAUGCCCCGCCUCCACCUCCGGCAAUGGCCGAGGCUGAGGUACCGAUACCCAACCCCACGACGAAGAAGCCGGUCAUGAGCCGGACGCACAGUUCCUCGCUCGACGUCGAGUGGGAUCUGGCCGGCAGUCUGCGGAAGCAGGUGCAUCUGUUCUCCGGUCUGGAACCCGAGCAGCGAGAGGCAAAGGUGCAGAAGCUGGCCAUUCUGCUGCAGCUUCGGGCGCUGUUUGUGAUUGCCCUGUUCAUCCUGAUGCCGGACUCGAGCGACGUGUACCUGGCGGACGGAGAGAGGGUGGAGAUGCCUAUGAUAUGAGAUGCUUAUCAUGAGGGGAAUGAUGGAUGCAUGAUGGAGGGAGGACUCGAUGUUGUACUGUACGUUUAGGAUACCCGUGCUGAUUUUUUGAAUUAUUCGUUUCUGUUUCCCCAUCGCAAUUCUCUUUGC